AUGGGCUUGUCAUCUAUUCUUCAACAAAUUGAAAAAAAGGGGAAAAUUCAACAGAAGCAAGUUCCUGUUGAGAAAAAGUCCGAUACUGUUGUGACAAAAGAUAAGUUUAAGAACUAUAGCCAAGACCGCCCAAUAGAUCCAGUGGUUGCUAGAUUGAAGGAAAAGCGACGAUUGGAAAGGGAACAAAAGGAAAGAGAACUUAGGGAAAAGAAAGGCUUGCCACCAAAAAAGACAACUACUAGUAAGCCUAAGUCAUCUACUUCAACCAGAUCUGGAAGUCGUCAACCUUCUUCUCAAAGAUCCCGUACUCUGUCGCCAUCUUUAGCACCACAGCCACCACAACCACCACAACCACCUAAAAAGAAGUUAAAUUAUAAUGAACUAUUAAAGAAAGCAGCUACCAUCGACCACAACAAACUAUCGAUAAACCUUUUGCAGAAAAGCAAAUCACCAGAAGCAAAAUCUAAGCCAUUAGACACUAAAUCGGGCCCAGCACCACGUCAAAGUACCCAGAAACCAAUUGGCAAUCCUCGUCAUACGUCCCCUCCAACUACUGCAUAUCCACAAAAACCACAUGUGAAACCUAUUCCUCAACGGGCAUCGAAACCAGUUCCUGUGAUCAAGGCACCUUUGCCACCAAGACAGCCAUCAUCCAAAAUAAAACAAAGGCUUGAAGAAAAGCGCAAGUCCAGAUCAUACGAAGAGGUAGAAGAAGAAGACGAUUUGAGUGAUUUUGUCGAGGACGAUGAAGAAUACGACGAUGGUUAUGGUGCAGAUGAAAUCAACAGAGAAGAAAUUUGGGCAAUGUUCAAUAAAGGUAAAAAACGUUCAAUGUAUUACGGUGACGAUUAUGAUUCGGACGAUAUGGAAGCUACUGGUGCAGAGAUUUUUGAUGAGGAGUACCAGUCAAGAUUAGAUGCUGAGAGGGAAGAUCGCCGAGAAAUGGAAGAAGAGAAGAGAUUGCAAGCAUUGAAACGAAAAAGAUUAAAUAGGAGUUAG